GGCGGCGGCGGUGGUGGUAGUGGUGGUUGGAGUGGUAGACGUGAUCGUGGCAGCGAUAGUGUGGGUGCUAGUGCUGCAGUUACUGAUGGCACGGAUCAUACUUGUACUGGUGCACAGUUGAUCGCCAAUGACAAUCCGGAUCUGACCACUACUACUACCACUACUCCUGUCGAGCGUACACACCAUCCGACAACUGCUUCGUCACAUACGACCAGUCGACGAACUACCGGUUCCCGUGCGGAAGAUUUACACAGCGACAUGAAACCACCGGGAUUCGGUGUGACGGCAUUCACUGCUCCAACCGGGAUGACGGAACCGCAAACAGCGCAGCAAACUCAGCCUCCUGCGCCAAUAGACCCGCUGGACUUGGUCAUUGCAAAGCGAAAAAAGAAGGAACUAGCAGAUCCGGUUAUUGCCGAGGCAAUUAUGACCGCAUGCAAGCUUCCGCCACCCCCAAUCCCUGAGACUGAAAAUUUACACGAGGUCCCCGAAGAGCUUCAGCAGCUCAUGUCUUUUGGAUUCGCCCGACACACUACGGACGAGAAAGAUUUGGAAUUCUUGCGGAACUAUCCCCUUCAUCAGAAACCCAGAGAACCCUUAAAAGUGCCCACAGUUUCCCAAAUGUCUCGAUAUGAAACGUUCCGGAAAAAGUAUUGGUCCGCAGCUUUUCGUCGUCAUCGAGAUCAGGAGGAGGAUGAUGAAAAACAUGCCCCAGUGGAUGUGGGCUAUGUGGAUGGUGAUACGGGAACCGGACCAGCAUUGGGAGGUACCAGGAAAGAUUUUUUCCCAAUCAGUGUCCACACCGAUGAGGAUUGGUUUAUGGAGAGUGUGCUUCAUGUGAUGUGUAUCCUGCUCAUCGUCCUCACACUUCCUCUCUCAUUAAUUUUCUGUUUAAAAGUAAGUCUCCGUGUGGUCCCGUUUUGA